AUAGGGGGUGCUUGUGGGUACGGCAACUUGUACUCGGAUGGGUAUGGGACUAACAACGCGGCCCUAAGCACGGCAUUGUUCAACAACGGGGCAGCUUGCGGGGAGUGUUACGAGAUCAAGUGUGACUAUGACUCCGACCCAAAUUGGUGCCUUGAGGGCAAAUCUGUCAUUGUCACGGCCACAAAUUUCUGUCCCCCAAACAACGAUCUCCCAAGUGACGACGGGGGUUGGUGCAACCCUCCUCGACAGCAUUUUGACAUGUCUCAGCCCGCUUGGGAAAAUAUCGCCAUCUAUCAAGCCGGCAUUGUGCCCGUCCUAUACCAAAGGGUUCCUUGUAACCAAAAGGGUGGGGUUAGAUUCAACAUCAACGGCCAUGAUUAUUUCGAGCUCGUCUUAAUUACCAAUGUGGGGAAUGCCGGGUCCAUCCAAUCGGUUCAGAUCAAGGGCUCCAACACGGAUUGGACGCCUAUGUCCAGAAAUUGGGGUGCUAAUUGGCAGUCUAAUUUAUAUGUCACUGGUCAGUCGCUGUCCUUUAAGGUCACGACCACUGAUGGCAAUACCAAAAUUUUCAUGGAUGUUGUCCCGUCCAAUUGGGCCUUUGGGCAGACGUUCGAGAGCCAGAUCCAGUUUUAGGUUGGAUGUGGGCCUUUAUUAUACUCGUCUUUAUUGGGCUUCACCUAAGUGACAGUUUUUUUUAGUU